UGGCAUUAUGUAAAAUUACGAGUGCACUUUCGAGUCUCCCUCUCCUCUCCACCUCACCCUCUUGAUUUUUUGUUUGUUUAUUGUUUUCAUUGAAGUGUUUUCAAGUUUUCGAAUUUCGAACUUUUGUACGACGAUUAAAUUGUUUCAAAGUUGUUAAUAAUAAUGAUUUUCAUAAUAAUAGAAUUGUGAACAGUAUUCUACAGUGUUGAGCUGAUAUAUUAAUUCGCAGAACCAGGCUUCCGAUCGAACGUUUGUCGCAAUGCCUGGAGUAAUUCUAGAGAACCUCAGUGGCAGAAAAUUAUUCGUGCUGGUUUGCAUUUUAGCGAUUUUGCAAACAACAUGUUUCCUCAUCGGUGGUUUGAUCGCACCUUCUCCAUCGACAGCUGAUAGUGUUUUGGCGCAGAAAUGCCUCUCGAACGAUACGAGUAGAGUGUUUUACAACCGGGACAGCAAAGGAGCUCAAACUAAAGAAGGCUGUCCGAAUAUUAUUAGUAAAAUUGAUAGCAAAGUGCAAGUAGCGAAUCAGAUAGUAUUCAUGUUCCAGCUACCAAAUCCUAGAAGUAAUAUGGUUCUCGAUUACUCUAGAUGGCAGCAGAACUUGUUAGGAGUAUUGCACUUUGAUAUCGAGUACGAUAGCACUCACGAAAUGCCGUCCGAUUUAUUAUUAACGUUAGAUGUAAAACUAGCCUAUAGAAAUGACGAAGACGCCAGCGGUGAUUGGAAAAUCUACUCGCAAGGUAUCGUCGAAAGACAUUUGGAAUGCGUUGCCGAUCAUAAAACACCGGGAUACGAUUACGAGUGUAAAAUCGUGCCUUUAUUCGAAUUGGCAUCUUUGCAUCACGAUUAUUACGUGGUUAAUAUUCGACUACCGGCGGAACUGGGUAAACCGACGAACGCCGAUUUGGGACGAGUCACUGAUAUAUGGCUCGUUGCUAUUAAUCAAAACGGCGGAUUUACUAAAGUUUGGUUAACUAUGAAGACCGCCUUCACUCCGCUCAUCAUUUUAACCAUGGUUUGGUUUUGGAAUCGAGUCAAGCAAUUGAAUCGAGCCCCUGUGUUACUCGAAUACAUGCUGCUGUCUCUGGGAGCUACGUUGACGUUUUUAAAUCUUCCGGUCGAAUUAUUCACGUUGUUCUUCGAGUUACCGUUCAUGUCGCUGUAUCAAGAUAUCAGACAAGGUAUAUUCUACGCAGCCUUGUUAUCGUUUUGGUUGGUGUUUGCCGGCGAGCACUUGAUGAUCCAAGAUCCUACACCUCAUCACUUGCGAACCUAUUGGAAACAUUUGAGCGCCGUGGCCAUCGGUUGCGCAUCUUUACUCGUAUUCGACUUAUUUGAAAAAGGAUCGCAGAUAACGAAUCCGUUCUAUUCGAUUUGGGUGAACAAACUGGAUACUAAUUUAGCUCUAACGUUCAUUAUCUGCGCGGGUAUAUCAGCCAGUUUUUACUUUAUAUUUUUAUGUUACAUGAUUUGGAGAGUGUUCUGCAACAUAAGCAUUAAACGAUCCGCUCUUCCGAGUAUGUCCAGCGUACGCAGACUUCACUACGAAGGUAUCAUUUACCGAUUUAAAUUCCUAAUGUUGGCCACCUUAGCCUGCGCCGCGAUGACGAUAAUCGGAUUUAUAUUGGAUCAAGUCUCCGAAGGUCGUUGGAAAUGGAACGAAGAGAUCGAGAUAGAGUUCACGUCGGCUUUUCUUACCGGUGUCUACGGUAUGUGGAACGUGUACAUAUUGGCGUUAAUGAUUUUAUACGCUCCGUCUCAUAAGCAAUGGCCUUCCGAGGUUGAUUUACAAAGUUCGGCCGCCGAUGGUAUCGAAUUGAGCCAUAUUUCCAACAACGAACCUAGUGAAAUAUCGCUUCUAACGAGUUACGCGAAGAAAAUGUUCACCGAUUAAUGUUUCCCAUAUCUUGACGAGUCUACUUUUUUAGGUGCAGGUUCCCUCCUCUGCCAGAAAUAUCAGAUCUCAGUUUGUUUUUAUCGAUUUUUUUUCCUCUUAUUUUUACACAAGUUUAUCGCGAACGUGUGGUUACGAUUCGUUUUUUUUUUAAAUAUCUAUUUUUUGAUAGGAUUUUUUUUGUACCAUUUGUACUCGUACUAUUGUAUUUUAUUUGACUAUUGUUUCGAGGGAAAAUCGACGAAUGAAUUUCCAAAUUUUCACACAUUUAUCAACAACUGAUCAUUCUUUUUAUUCUACACGUUGGUCCGCGAAGCACUCUUAGUCUCCAUUUUCAAAUUUUACAAAAAUCUUGAUCCGAUAUUGAAGCCCAUCAAACUCAGUUCAAGUUCAACAAAAAGUUGAUCAGGUUCUGAUCAAAUUCAAUCCCCAUCGUAUUACAAUACUUUUCAUGAUGUACAGUAUGACACAAAAGUAGUGUCGGUGACUUAUUUUCAAGUGGAAAGAGCUAGAGAGAUGAAUGAAGAGGCGUUGAGUAGAGAAAAAUAAGGGCUUUCAAAAACGACCUUGAAAAUUUCAAGCCAAUGCACAGGGUGUCCACAAAUUGAAAAACCGGUCUGGUCAAAAAAUUCAAACUGGUUUUUAUU